AACCCUACUCCCAGCGCAAUUCUUAGCAUAUUAUGGUACAACAGACUGAAGAAAACACUCAAACUUUAUUUAAAAUAACAAACAUAAAACACUCACUUCAGAAAACAGUAGAAUUAGAAUGAAGUAGAAUGAAGAUCAGCCAUCAAAAUCAUCAAAAAAUUGUCAUCCUUUAAUUGUCCUAUUAGCGGUCCAGAUGACUAACGCGCUUCGUUUGCUUUGACAGGGACCUACACGGCCGCCGUGUAGAGGACGUGAACAAAGAUGGUGCUGGAGAAGAAAGGUUCCGCUCGGGUGGAGGCUGGUCAGCGCAGGGUUUUGGAUGAAGCCACCAGACAGAGGAGGCUGACCCGUCAGCUGGAGGCUCUGGAAAAAGACAACUUCCAGGAAAAUCCUCUAAACAUUCUCUGUCCUCCUUCUUCUCUGUCUGUGCGUCCAGAGAAGAAGAAGAGAAAGACGAGGGGCGACCACUUCAAGCAGCGUUUCAGGAAGAACUUCACCACGCUGCUGGAGGAGGAGAAUCUCUCAGAGAAGCCAGAGCCUAACUACCUGUCAGCGGCGUCCCCGCCCUCCUUGCUACCUGCACGCCACUUCUGCUGCGUCUGCGGGUUCCCGUCGCACUACACCUGCACCACCUGCGGGGGGCGCUACUGUAGCACCAAGUGUCUGUGCACACACAGAGAGACGAGGUGUUUAAAGUGGACGCUCUAACUGCCACUGCCCUGGUGAUGGAGGUGAGGGUUGCAUAUGGGAUGCAUGAAACUGCAUCAUAAAGAGAGUCUGAACCCUUUGUGCCUCUGCUGGCUGCUGUGAGAGCAGCUGGACAGAGACUGACAUGUGCAGGUGGACAGGAGGCUUCUUGUGAUGUCACAGCAUUGCAGAUUCACUCGGGAGAUUUGGCUGCUUCAGUUUUUCUGUAUAUUUUUCUUUACUCUGUCAGUUCUUUGUUUACCUGUCAUAACUUAGCUUGGGGUGCAAAUGAAGAGACAUGCCCGGGUUUGUUGCAUCAUCAUCAUCAUCAUCAUCUGAGUGGGCAGAAUCAGAUUAAUUGUAAAUAUCUGUGUAUCUUUAACUUUAAUGUUUUCUUUAUAUUUCAAUAAAUCAGAUCUGAUUUCACACAG